UAUUAUAUUUAUGAAUUAUGAACCUUUUGAUUUUACUUACUGUUAAAUUCUAAAUUACAAGAUAAUUCAUAGUUAACAACUCAAAAGAUAAGUAAUGCGCAUCCAAUAUUAUUAUAGCAUUUGUAUUUUUUAUAUUAUAUAUUCUAGCUUAUCCAAAAUAUAAAAAUAAUGUUUACUAUAAUAUAUUUAUUUAUUUAUCUUAUUAUUUUUUUAAGACCUAUACUCGUGUUUUCAUUUUGUCAUGGCAACUUGUUUUUCAUGUUCAUGCAAGCAGUACCAUAAUGCUCUUUGUACUUCUCUGGUUUAAUAAGCUAGUACAAGAAAUUUAUUGAAUGGAGAGCCUUAGCUAAUUUAGGCUUUUUAAUUUCAAAAACUUUUUACAUGCCAAACAUACACGGAUAAAGAAGGUAUCAGGCAGCAGCAGUUGUUGGCAUUUAUCUCAAGACAUCACAAGCACUACAUUUUACCGAGUAAGAGUAGUUGAUAGAGGCCUUCUUUUUUUCCUGGAAACUAAUUAGUUGGUUGAAGUUUUGUAUGUUUUCUCAUUUCCAUUUCCUUUUUGUCCUGUUUCUUUGCCUCUCUUCUAUUGCAAUUUUUUCUAAGCCAGAUUUUGUUAGCAAGAAGGUACAUUUUAGUCCCCAGUUACAGACAGAUCCUAGGCAAAAUUAUCUCCAUGCUAAAUCUUGUCUUCAGCCUUCAGAUACUCCUGCAUCAAAUACUCUUUCUUGGCACUUAUCCUCAGAAACCAAGUCUACUUUGAAAGGGACUUCACAAACUUUAGCAAGUCACUACUCAGAGGUAGGUUCUUGCAUGAAAGACCUGUUGAAGAGGAGAGACCACCUUCAGUAGCAGUGAGUGAAUUAAAUCAAUUAAGUCACUACUCAGAAGUAAAAUAUCCAUUAGCUUGUUCUUUAUCAGAAUGUGUUAUAUUUCCUCAACAAUGUCUAAUUUCAGUUUAUAGAAGCAAUAAACUCAUGUAGUAAACAGUGGAUGUAGUAAACCCAUUUCAGUCUAUAAAUUUUCAAGUUUA